GUGAGGAAACGCACAUGCUGCCGAAAGCGAAGUCACACCCUUUCAACUCCAACCGUCCCCCUGCUUCGUCAACGGGACGGUGCCGAAAAACCGAUCUACAACAACCUAUUGCCAUUAUUACAUCAGCUCGUGCAACGUGCGCACGGUAUAAAUUGGUUCACAAUUUCCGAUCACAGCACAGUUUGGUUGAGUUCUCAGCACUGCAAACAACAGCACACUUCUGCAACAAAGCAACACCAACAACCAUGGCCUCCAAGUUUGUCGCGUUCGCCGCUCUGGUCGCCGUUGCCCAUGCCGGUUUGAUUGCUUCGCCAGCUGUCAGCUAUGCCGCGGCUCCGGCUCUAGUCGCUGCCCCAGUGGCCAAGGUCGCUACCUAUGCUGCCCCGAUCGCCAAGGUUGCGUACGCCGCCCAGCCGGAAGAGUACGACCCGAACCCUCAGUACUCUUUCUCGUACGGAAUCUCCGAUGCCCUGACCGGUGACUCCAAGUCCCAGCAGGAAUCUCGCAGCGGAGAUGUUGUCCAGGGAUCUUACUCCGUCGUUGACCCCGAUGGCACCAAGCGUACCGUCGAGUACACGGCUGACCCACACAACGGAUUCAACGCUGUCGUCCACCGUGAGCCUCUUGCCACCAAGGUCAUUGCCCAGCCCGCUGUCGCUUAUGCCGCCCCGGUAGCCAAGACCAUCUCGUACGCCGCCCCAGUUGCCAAGACCUACGUCUCGAGCCCGGCUGUCUCCUAUGCCGCUCCAGUCGCCAAGACCAUCUCGUACGCCGCCCCAGUGGCCACCAAGACCUACGUCUCGAGCCCAGCUGUCUCUUAUGCCGCUCCUCUGGCCACCAAGACCUACGUCUCGAGCCCAGCUGUCUCCUAUGCCGCUCCUCUGGCCAAGACCUACGUCUCGAGCCCAGCUCUCUCGUACGCCGCCCCGGCCUACGCUUCCUAUCAUUAAGCGCAUAAAGACUGUUGAUGUUGACCAUGUUAUGUUUGACGGAACUGAGAUGAUAUUUAUUGUAUAGAGUACUACAAUACAGGACACUGCAAAGGGAAGGAUCUCAUCGAUCUCGUUAGGAUCCUUCCCUAAAAACUA